GUAUAUAUUCGUGAAUAACGGAUUUUAUUUUUGAAUGACAACAAGAUUUAUGUUUAGAAUACUUUCUCUGAGCAGACGUUUUGUAAAAGAGAAAGAUAAAUCACGAUGCACAAUCACGUCAUUUUUCUGAGUUAGUUUUGUUUGAAUAGACAUCAUCAAUUGUUGUUGAAUUCAACAUCGUUACUGUAUCGGGGUGAGGUCUAAAAUCGUACAUGUGUAUUCAACCUAAUGUCUACUUAAUUUCUAAUUAUGUAAAUUUCAAAAUCCUAUUUGCGUAAACUUGGCGUCAUAUUUAGAAAUAACAUACUUCAAUGCACACAUUGCAUAAUUGUACGUCUGAAAUCAUGAGCGAUAAGACAGUCAUGCUUUUAAUGUAACGUGUAACAAUUUAUAAGCCAUGUGAAAAGAUUAAUAAGUUAACUUUUCUUUCGGUUAUGAAUUAGUAAGCAUAGUUUUACCUUUCAGUCAAAGCUCCCAGUCAUGUCGUUUUCGGGGCAAUUGUAUCUAAAAUUCUCAAUAUGCAUUUUGCUGGUUAUCAAUUUCACUCAAGCCGUUCCGGUCAGUAAUUACACAAAAAUACGAAACUUGCUUAUUCAAGAAGAAAAAAACAUUGCCUUCGGUGGUCAAAUACAUUUGACUGGAGAUGAAAUACCAGCCAAUGUUUGAUGGCUGCAAAAUGGAAGGAAGUUGACGAUGGUGCGUUUUUUCAUUAUUUUUUAUCUUCAUUAACAAAGUUUACAUACCAUAAGACUCGAUAUUGAACAUUGAAAAUGAUUUCAUUUAUAGGUUUUAAAAAUCCGACUAAGUUCUUACCGGCGAAAAACUUCCUCAACGCUCGCGAUGACAUAGAAAAGUCUUCAAAGUUUUCAAAAUCCUUCGUGAAAUGCCAAAAGGUGCCGUUUUCCAGCUCACAGUUCAGCUAUAACUUCGCUCGAUUUCAUCGUUAAGAACAUGACCUACGAACCCAAUCUCUACAUAUGCCGUGAAGGCAACUCGAUGCAGUUCCGAUUCUUCCAACAGCCCAAAGACAAGUCUCAUUGGAAAUUGCUCCAGGAUAUUCGCAAAGCUGAGCCUAAUAUCGACAAAGAUAUAAAGCAUAGUUUGGAACUUAUCGAGGGAGAGUACAACGAUGUAAAUGCUCUCUGGGAUAAAUUCGAGGGGACCAUUACUGUGCUCAAGGGAUUGGUAACAUAUCGGCCUCUUUUUGAGAGAUCCUUUUAUGUAGCCAUGCAAGAGCUCUACGAUGACAACGUGAUGCUAAUGGAACUUUGUUCGUCGAUGUCAGCUUUGUACGAAAUCGAUGGAUCAUUACAUGACGUAGUGAGCGUUACCAAAAUUUACAAAGCAGUUUCCGAUAGAUUCGUCCACGAUCAUCCAGGAUUUUUGGGCGCAAAGGUCAUUUUUGCCUCUUACAGAAAAGUAUCCCCGCAGACUUUUAACAAUUACGUGGAGACGUUCAGAAAAAUGAAAGCCGCCUAUCCCGAUUUUAUCAUCGGUUUUGAUCUGGUGGGUCAGGAAGAUUUGGGUCAUCCGCUUUUAAACUUUGCCGAUAAACUUCAGGAGUUUGGCAAGGAAACGCUGUUCUUUUUCCAUGCUGGCGAGACCAAUUGGUACGGACAUGCUACGAACGAGAAUCUCUACGACGCCGUUUUGCUCAACACGAAGAGGAUUGGUCACGGAUUCGCUUUAUUGAAGCAUCCAAAGCUGAUGGAACUAGUAAUGCAGAAAAAGAUCGCAAUCGAACUCAAUCUGAUUUCGAACCAAGUUCUGGAACUCGUCAAAGACAUGAGGAAUCACCCGGCCAGUUACUUCUUCGCAAAAAAUUUCCCUGUAGUCGUGUCGAAUGAUGACCCCAACUUUUGGGGCUCCCAGGGCUUGAGCUACGACUUCUAUGAGGCAUUCGUUGGAAUAAUGUCACGAGAUGCCGAUCUCAAAGCACUCAAGCAGUUGGCGAUGAAUUCGAUUACCUACAGCGGAUUGAACUAGCAGGAGCAGACCAACGCUUUCAAUAUUUGGAACAGAGCCUGGAACACGUUCGUUACAUCGCUUGCUCGAAGGUGCCAGCACAAUUAGAUAUAGUUAAUAUGCGAAAUGUAUUAUUUGUUAAACGUUAUAGACUUCUGUAAAUAAAUUUCAUUUCUUCUAGAUAAGUAUCAAUUUUUGCACAAACGAUGUUUCAAAUAUUUUAUUAGGAUCUCAUAGUGUAUUUCUA